AUGAGUUCUACUACGGUCACAGAGGUCAAGCCGUCCAAGGCAAACAUUGGUGUUUACACGAAUCCAGCGCACGAUCUAUGGGUUGCGGAAGCUGAACCGAGUCUGGAGGUUGUGGAGAAGGGUGGUGAUUUGAAGGAGGGAGAGGUUCUGCUCAACGUGAAGAGUACUGGAAUCUGUGGAUCUGACAUUCACUUCUGGCAUGCCGGCUGCAUUGGUCCUAUGAUCGUUGAAGACACACACAUCCUUGGCCACGAAUCCGCUGGCACAGUCCUUGCUGUCCACCCCUCCGUCUCUACUCUCAAAGUCGGCGACCGCGUAGCAAUAGAACCUAAUGUCAUCUGCCACGAAUGCGAGCCCUGCUUGACGGGACGCUACAACGGCUGCGAGAAAGUACAGUUCCUCUCAACACCACCCGUCACUGGUCUUCUACGCCGAUACCUUAAGCACCCAGCUAUGUGGUGUCACAAACUGCCCGACAACCUCACCUUCGAAGACGGCGCCAUGUUGGAACCGUUAUCAGUCGCACUAGCAGGUAUGGACCGCGCGAACGUCCGACUUGGAGAUCCCGUGGUCAUCUGCGGCGCUGGGCCCAUCGGUCUUGUCACCCUUCUCUGCGCUCGUGCAGCAGGUGCCGCGCCAAUCGUCAUCACAGACAUCGACGAGGGCCGCCUCAAGUUUGCCAAGGAUCUCGUCCCCAACGUUGCAACGCACAAAGUGGAAUUUUCACACUCGGUCGACGACUUCCGCAACGCCGUCAUUGCCAAGAUGGAAGGCGUCGAACCCGCCAUCGCAAUGGAAUGUACGGGCGUCGAAUCCAGCAUUAACGGCGCCAUCCAAGCUGUCAAGUUCGGCGGCAAGGUCUUCGUCAUUGGCGUGGGUAAGAACGAGAUGAAGAUUCCUUUCAUGCGCCUGUCGACCCGCGAGGUUGAUCUUCAGUUCCAGUAUAGAUACUGCAAUACUUGGCCCAAGGCCAUAAGGCUGGUCAAGAGCGGCGUUAUUGAGCUGAGUAAGCUAGUAACGCAUAGGUUCCAGUUGGAAGAUGCGGUUCAGGCGUUUAAGACAGCGGCGGAUCCAAAGACUGGGGCUAUCAAAGUACAAAUUCAGAGUUUGGACUAGAAAGUGCGCGCGACGAUAUAGACGUAGAUGAGUAGACUGAAUAUAUACCGGUUGUUGGAUUUGUAUCUGAUCCC